AUGGAAUACCCAAAACCCAGCAGCCUCAGUGAGAAGUGGGACCUCUGUAAACUGGCUGCACGCAGUUUCGUACAUAGUCUGUACAAUCAGCUGCAGGCUCCCUGGUGCCCACCAUGGAUUCUGCUCCAGGCCCUGUUCUCGGUUGGUACGCUGGAUGUCUUGGUUGGCUUGUCAGAUGAGCUGGCUAAACUGGACGCGUUUGUGGAAGGGGUGGUUAAGAAGGUGGCUCAGUACAUGGCUGAUGUCUUGGAGGACAGCAGAGAUAAAGUGCAGGAGAAUCUGCUGGCCAAUGGAGUUGACUUGGUUACUUACAUAACGAGGUUCCAGUGGGAUAUGGCCAAGUAUCCAAUCAAGCAGUCCCUGAAAAAUAUUUCUGAAAUAAUUGCCAAGGGAGUCACACAGAUUGAUAAUGAUUUGAAAUCCCGCGCGUCUGCAUACAACAACCUGAAGGGGAAUCUUCAGAACCUGGAGCGAAAGAACGCAGGAAGUUUGCUGACUCGAAGUCUGGCGGAGAUUGUGAAGAAGGAUGACUUCGUUCUGGACUCCGAAUACCUUGUCACCUUGCUGGUGGUUGUUCCUAAGUUGAAUCACAAUGACUGGAUCAAGCAGUAUGAGACGCUAGCCGAGAUGGUGGUCCCCAGAUCCAGCAAUCUUGUGCGUUGGCUGAAAGUGAAUUUCAGUGAAGCAUUUAUUGCGUGGAUUCAUGUGAAAGCGCUAAGAGUCUUUGUGGAGUCCGUUCUCAGGUAUGGCUUGCCUGUGAACUUCCAGGCGAUGCUGCUGCAGCCCAACAGGAAAACCAUGAAGCGCCUGCGGGAGGUGCUGCAUGAGCUGUACAAGCACCUGGACAGCAGCGCGGCCGCCAUCAUUGACGCCCCGGUGGACAUUCCUGGCCUCAACCUGAGCCAGCAGGAGUACUACCCCUACGUGUACUACAAGAUCGACUGCAACCUGCUGGAGUUCAAGUAGCGCCUGCUCCCGGCUGGCCCUGCGUGUAUCGGUGUGUGCUAGGCUCCAACCGUGUACUUUUAACUCUUGCUUGCUCCUCCCCUUCCGUGGGUGAGUUCUUCUGUAGUGCUCCGUGUCCCAGCAUUUUCUUUUUAAGGGGGAAAAAAUACAUAUAU